GGAUAGCAGUUUCAACGUAUAGAGAACUAUACGCAUUGCCAGUAGCCAUAUUAAUUGCCAUUGCGCUUAUUAAAAAACUUUAUUGUGAUCAAACGCUCUGAGUUUAUACAAUUUUCCUCUUUUAUUCAGAUUAACCUUUUCGUCUGCAUAAAGUGAUGGAAUGAAAAAACGACCUUACGUACAAAUAACAAAAUAUAUCGAUAAAAUACAGUGACAUUAUAAUAAAUUCUGUGAUUCAGUUAUAAACAAAGAUAUUAGUUUCUCCAAAAAAUGUUUGGAAAAAGAUAAGUGCCCAAUAAAACGCAAACAUGUCAAAUGAUGUGAACAACCAAGCUGACAAGCCCAAUGAGGAAGAAAAUAUCGAUAAAGCCGAAGAAGAAGAAGGCACUUCAUCUAUUGAUCUGCAUGCGCAAGAUGGUGGAAUUAUAUAUGGAGGUUGUGAAGGACCAAAUGCAAUGUAUGUAAAACUUGUGAGCAGUGAUGGACAUGAAUUUAUUGUUAAACGUGAACAUGCAUUAACCAGUGGAACGAUAAAAGCCAUGUUAAGUGGUCCAGGGCAAUUUGCUGAAAAUGAAGCUAAUGAAGUAAACUUUCGUGAAAUUCCCUCUCAUGUAUUGCAAAAGGUUUGCAUGUAUUUCACUUACAAAGUACGCUAUACAAAUAGCAGCACAGAAAUACCCGAAUUUCCUAUUGCACCUGAAAUUGCAUUAGAAUUAUUGAUGGCUGGAAAUUUCUUAGAUUGUUAAAUAUGAUCAAUAGUAUCAUUGAUAAACAAUUCAGCUUUGG